AUGGCAACUUGUAUCACAUUAUAUAUACAGAAAUAAACACCAAAAUUAAUUCAAUAAUUUAAUACACUUGAAUUAUAAGUAUAAAAACCUAGAGAUGUAAACUUAAUUUUGGGAAUUUUCGACUACCUGGUGAUGAAGAUAAAUAUUUUCAAUUCAUUGAUACAAAUUAAAAAUAUCUAGACAACACCCUCAUGUUGUUCUUGCAUAUGUGUAAAUCCGUAAAGUAUUAAUCUGUAACAAUAAUAAUGUAAUAACUUUCAAUUACUAUUAAAAUAGAAUAAAAAGAGUGUUUCCUCUAUCAUCAUCUACUCCCCUAAAUCCUUGUUGUUUAUUGUUGUCAAAAUAAUUAAGUAGACCUAGACCUAACUUUCUUGAUAAACUUCAACUAAAUAAUCCUUAGAUUAAGGCCUGUAGAUGCAAACAAACAAUAGAUCAACCAAAAUCCUAAAUAAACUUCCUAAGAUGAAUCACAUGGACAAUUUGAGAGUAAUAAAUAACUAAAAAGGCAAUAAGAUAAAUAUAAAUAUAUCGAUAUUAGGAUGUGAAUAGAUUAAUAAUUAGAACGAUUGAAACAAUGAGAACCUAAAUUAAUGGAUAGAGAAUAGAGGAUGGCAAUUAUUUUGAGCCUAACUAUUGAAU